GUGACGCUGCAAACAGCAGCAGGUGUGGACGCUCGUUGCUCUUAUUUCUUCAUCUUAGUGAAAUUGUAUGAGCUCGCGGACUCAUGCCACAACGUGUGGUCAAACUGAAGCGGGUCCUAGUCCAGGUGUGGGUGUGAACCCCGUGUUCGCGGUUAUCUGUCGAGAUGUCAUCGGCCGAAAAGGACGGGACCUUCAGUCAGCUCAACAAGUUUGAGAAACUGUCGUGGAGGCCCUCAAUCCGCGACUCAGGCUCUAAGAAGCGGGCAAGAUGGCUUCAGGCUCGGCGCAUCUUCUCCCCUUCCUGCCCCAACCUUCGGAUCCCCAACAGGUUUCUAAGAGAAGGACACUGUGUACCUCCCGCCCGGAGUGGACACCGCUGUGUUGCGGACAGCGCCAACCUGUACGUAUUUGGAGGCUACAACCCAGACUUUGAGGAGGCCGGUGGCUCAGAAAAUGAAGAUUAUCCACUCUUCAGGGAGCUUUGGCGGUUUCAUUUUGCCACUGCGACCUGGCAACAGGUCCGAACAGAGGGUUACAUGCCCACAGAGUUAGCUUCUAUGUCAGCUGUUUUACAUGGGAACAACCUGCUUGUGUUUGGUGGCACUGGAAUUCCAUUCGGCGAAAACAACGGGAAUGACGUCCAUGUCUGCAAUGUUCAGUAUAAACGAUGGAAUCUGCUCAACUGCAGGGGGAAGAAACCUAACAAGAUCUAUGGACAGGCGAUGGUCAUCAUAAACGGCUACCUUUAUGUGUUUGGAGGGACAACAGGCUACCUUUACAGCACCGACCUCCACAGGCUGGACCUGACCACCAGAGAGUGGACCCACCUUAAACCCAACAACGCGCCCUCAGAUCUGCCUGAGGAGAGGUACAGACAUGAACUAGCUCAUGAUGAACAGAGAAUCUACAUUUUAGGAGGUGGGACUUCCUGGACAUCCUAUCCCCUUGACAAGAUUCAUGCAUAUAAUUUGGAAACCAACUACUGGGAGGAAAUAGCCACCAAACCUCAUGAAAAAAUUGGAUUUCCUGCAGCCCGUCGUUGUCACAGCUGUGUGCAGGUCAAAGAUGAUGUCUUUAUAUGUGGGGGUUAUAAUGGAGAGGUGAUCCUCUCCGACCUGUGGAAGAUCAACCUGCAGAAUUUUCAGUGGACCAAGCUGCCUGCUGUCAUGCCUGAACCUGCUUACUUUCACUGUGCUGCUGUCACACCGGCCGGCUGUAUGUACGUCCACGGGGGCGUGGUCAACAUGUCUGGGAACAGGAGGACUGGCUCUUUGUACAAAGUGUGGCUGACGGUUCCCAGCCUCCUGGAACUGACUUGGGAGAAACUGCUGAAAACCUUCCCUCAUGUAGCCCAGCUGUCCACCCUUCAGCUGCUCAGCCUGGGACUGACACACACGCUGAUUCAGCGGCUCAAAUAGAUGGAGCUCAGAGACUGAAGGAGGCUGCAGCACUGACACUAAAAUGACCAAGCUAAAGGAAAAAGAGGUUCUUAAUAGGACAAGGAAAGUCGGAUGAUGUCAGUUGAUAGUAAGAAAAGUUUUAAAUGCCUUUUUACUUCAGCUUUUUUGUAAAUAUGUGUGCUGUUUUUUUAAAUUAUUUUUUAAUGCAUCGCAUGAUGAGUUUCUCUGUUUAGGGGUGUGUCAGAGUUGACUUUGCACGCAUCCAUGAGAGGCCAUUACUCUGCUAAUUCCAUGAACUCCAAAAGACAUUUCUCAUGUUUUGGGUCCACUACAGUGCAUUUUUUUUUCUUCACAAUGUUCUGUUUUCAGAGUAACCAAUGAAGCAUGAGUGGGGGCGUUUAAAUGUUUAAAAAAGACCACUUCUUGAAAGUCAAAAUGAAUGUUGCUUUUAUAUCAGCUUCCAUUCAAGAGCUAUCAGGUUGAUUUACUCUUGUUAAAUAUAACGCAUGAUCAGUCACCUGCUGCUACCUUCACUGUGAGAUUGUUUGGAUAGAAAGUAACUGAUAUGAACUUAAAUUUCUAUUUAGUUAGUUUAAAAACAGCCAAAUUCUAUGAAGAAGCACACUGCUAAUGAAUAGAGUUCAUGAUUUAACCGCUGGACUAGUCAGUCAUUUUAGGAUUUACAUUGAAGUCUUGAGUCUUGAUCAUCAGGCCAUGGUUUAAAUCCAAAUAACUGGUUUCAGUUAACCCUUGUGCUCACAAUGAGAGCUCACUUUAAAAUCUCUGUAACAUGGUAUCACUGUGAAUCUUCGUGUGCCUCUUCCUCUAAAAAAUGAAACUUAGUGUGUUACAGAUAAAUUCAUGCACCUGUAGCUUCGCAGUGACCCCUGAGCCUUUUCAUUUCAUUUGGUGCCUUCUGAAUUUACAAAAUGUCACACUCAUUGGUUUUAUAUCUCUGAUAUGAUUAUUUUUCCUCUUUGGAUUGUGUAUAUAUAGGUUUUUUUCUUCUAUAUGUUCUGCCUGGUUCCCCAUGAGCCUGUUCUCAGUUUUGUUUAAAGUUUAUAGGGCGAAAAACUACUUUUCUUCAACAUCUUUUCUGAGAUAUUUGUUAUUUAUUUAAAAUCACUUGGCUGAUGUUUACUUUGUUAAAAUCUUUGAACUGUAGCAGAACUAUAUUUUCCUGAUUUCUGCCUGAACCUAGUUCAGCCUUUUAUACCAUACUUCAGGCUGUAUGGUUUUUUUAUUGUGAUUUUUCAUUUGUCUUGAUUUUCUGAAGACUGCAGUGGUACUUAAAAAUAGCUGGUUUAGGACUUUGUUAAAAAGUAAUCAGGUAGAGUAUGUGCGGCGUACUCAGGAUGUUGAAUACUGUGAUCAGACUCAGUCCGCAGGGCUGUGAAAACAUUACGUUUGCCAAAAUACCAUCAGCCAUUUUAGUGAAACCAGAUCGAGGCACGUGGAGCUCUUUGGUCACUAUGUAAAUCUUGAGUCAUAUUCCCAGCUGCUCAUGUCAAGUCACGUUUGCCUUUUUCCACCCAACUUCUAUCUUGAAUUUUAAUCAUGUGAAACAUUUAAUUGUCACAUUCACUGCAGCUGUUGGCACAAAACUAAACGUACUGCAUCGUAAAAGUCCUAUUUAUAUCUUAUGAAGCAUCAGUCUGCUUCAGUAUGUGCUUGGACUCCAGAAAUAUAUGCCUUGCUGAAGAUAGACGUUUAUAUUUGCAUCAUUUUUGAUGUCCAAGUGCAAAGAUCUCUUUUGCAUGUCGGUAUGGUGUGCAUGUCACUUUACAUAAACUCUUGGGAGAAAAGGUGAAUGUCUCCUCAGUUGUGGCUGUAAUGUACAUUUUGUUUAGUAAAUCCUGUCUGUAAAAGCAAUAAAAACACAGGCAGCCA